UUAAAGUAGAAAAACCCUACAAAAUUUAAUGGAUAAACUCUACUUAAUUAGUAUCACUAUAGCUCCUAUAAAAGAAUUGUCACAUUUAUCAAUCCGUCUUCGUCGUUUCAGAUUCACAUUUUGCACAGAAGAGAUGAAAAUAUGAAACUCAUGGAUGGCUUGGAGUAAAUUAUCUUGAUUCUAGAGAGUAUUUUUCUCAAGAAAUAUUUUUAAAAAUGUACCAAGAAAGUCUGCAGAUUUAUCAACUGUGGAGACUUGCUGUCCAAGAAAGAGACGAAGCAAGAGAACAUCUAAAACAUUCACUCACCGAACUCUCUCAACUAAGGGAACUGUAUAACGCUGUACUGUUGUCUGAACAGCAAAUGAUCACUUAUUACACCGAAGCAACUGAUGAAACUAUAUGUCAUCAGAACUGUAACUACAACCACUUUCCCGGCGAUUCUCCGUCGCGGCUCUUGUCUCUGUCACCGUCGGAUCUCGUCUCUAACCUAAGUGUUGAUUCAACUGCGUUGGAUCUCAGCUUCCGUUCAAAUCAGAGCCGUGUUGGUGUUGAGAAUGCGAGAGAUUACGAAACCGUUGUGCUGGAGAUGAUAGGAGGAACGUUGCCGGAAUACGGUAAGUUUUUGCAAGCUGUUAGUGAAGCUGGAUCGUUGGUUGAGUCAAUGUUCAUUGCCUGUCCGGUUCCGAAAUGGAGAAAUCCUCCGGUUUUAUUGUCUAGUCAAAGACCGGUUAUGAGUAACAAUAUCACAGGAAAUUGGAAUUAUGGUGGUUUGGAGUUUGGUUCGGGGAUCCUAAACCGGUCUAUCUCAGGCAAAAUGUCACACUUCAGUUUGAUGUCUUAGGUUCCGCAUGAAAUGUGACGCCGAGAAAAUGUUAUGCAUGAUUUAUUUUCGGUUGGUACAUGUAAUGUUCUAAAUUAUAUUGGAUUGCUAAAGAGUUUAAUUGAUCCAAUCAAAUACAUAUAGCUCUAUUUCAAGAAAAAUAUUAGGUUAAAAUUAGGCUGGGGGCAGUCGACAACUUUCUUUAGGUGACAUUGACCCAUCCUUUAUGUUAAUGGGUUGUCUUUUUCAAUUGUUUAGUCAAUGUUUAUAUGUUGCACACCAAAAAAAAGGUCAAUGUUUCUAGAUUUAAUUAUUAAUAUCAUUCUGUAUAGUAUGUCAACAGAACAACAAGUUGAUAUGGCCGAGUUGGUCUAAGGCGCCAGAUUAAGGUUCUGGUCCGAAAGGGCGUGGGUUCAAAUCCCACUGUCAACAAUAUUUUUGUUUUUAAUGUUUAAGAAUUUGAGCCUUCUGUAAAUAGGCCUUUUUAUGGACUCUGAGCCCGAUAAUAUCCGGUUUAUCCAUGACCAGAGAGAUAUCAAUCAGAGCAAUUAUGAGAUUCUUUCUUCUAUUAGAUCUUUUCAAAUUUGUAUGUUUCAGUACCAUAAUGAAACCUGUAAUAUGUAUAAUUUUGAUGGGUUCUAUAUAUAUAUAUAUAUAUAUAUCACAUGUAGAAUCACAAAACGGGAAACAUGCAAGCUGUUAGACUUAGACAAAUAGAAUAACUAUUCAUAGUAACAAACGCUAGCUGAAAGUUGACCAAGAAUCAUUAGCGACUUCAACUCUAUUAAGCAUAAUUAGAAGAAAGAGCAAGAGAUGUAGUCAUGUAGAGAGAAUGAAGAAGAAAAAGUUGAGUUUCUUCUUAUCUAUGCAUCUCUUUUUUAUGCAUCCCUGCAGUAUCUCUUCGUUUAGUUUCUAGGUGUAAGAUCUCUUCCUGGUAAUGUUACUGAUAUUAUAUAUUUGAUUUUGAGCAAUUAGAGAUUAUUCUCUCGUCAGUUUCAACGACAGUCAAGUCUUUUAGCAAGAAAAAACAACAACAGUAAUGUUUUUUAAUUGUUUUGCUGAUUAAAAAAAAACAUGUUUUACACCCGUUAAUCGGGAAGUUCCACGUAGUGAUUCAAAAGCAGUGUGAAAUGACCAGGACCAAUUGAUACGCCUGCCCUGUCUCUACUUGCUGAUUAUUGACUAUGUUGAGUCAAAAAAAAAAUAUUUUUAUAGGAAAAACACCCACUCGUUUUGAAAUAUAAAUCUGAACGUGAUGAAAAUAAUGUGGAGAGUGUCUAUUGGGGACGGGUGCGUCAUU